AUGGCGCGCACAAAGCAGGCGGCCGUGAAACGCGAGUCCUCGUCCGAAUUCUUCAACAAGCAGUCUGCGGAGUGGGAGGAUGUCAAUGGAAAGGAGCCCAAGGCGACGAAUGGGCACGCGGCGAAGUCAUCGAAGCCCGCGCAGGGCGAGGCGGGUCUGGUGCAGCUUGUGACUGCGGUGGCCGGCAUCUACGCUUCAUUUUUGACCUGGGCGUUCCUUCAGGAGAAGUUGACGACCAAGGCGUACGGCCCGGCCGACGCACCAGAGGUCUGGCACUUCCCCGUCUUCCUCAACACGAUCCAGUCGCUCUUCGCUGCCGCCGUCGGCUUCGUCUAUCUCUUGGCCUCGACCCCGAAGGGCGCAGCCGUGCCGCCCAUCUUCCCGUCGCGCCGCAUCCUCGGCCCGCUGGCGCUCGUCGCAGUCACCAACAGUCUGGCCAGUCCCUUUGGCUACGCCAGUCUUGCGCACAUCGACUAUAUCACCUUCUUGCUGGCCAAGAGCUGCAAGCUUCUCCCCGUCAUGUUCCUCCACAUUACAAUCUUCCGGAAGCGCUAUCCCAUCUACAAGUACCUCGUCGUGGCCGCCGUUACGCUUGGCGUGGCCGUCUUCACCCUCCACUCUGGGCGCAAGCACAAGAAGUCCACCCGGUCGGAAGAGGCAAACGUCUCUUGGGGCUUGCUGCUGCUGGGAAUCAACCUCCUCUUUGAUGGCCUUACCAACAGCACCCAGGAUUACAUCUUCCAGACGUUUCGCCCGUUUAGCGGACCGCAGAUGAUCCCUGCGCUCGUCUCUACCGGUAUUGGAGAGUGGCUCGGAAUGGACGUUGCUGGUAGCGCUGGCGAGUUGAAUGCGGCCAUUGAAUUCAUGACCAAGUAUCCCGCUGUGUGGAAGGACGUUUUGGGCUUUGCAGCUUGUGGUGCUCUGGGCCAAGUCUUCAUCUUCUACACUCUCUCUACCUUCUCAUCUGUCUUGCUGGUCACCGUCACCGUGACACGCAAGAUGUUCACCAUGAUCCUCUCCGUCGUUGCCUUCGGCCAUCGUCUCACCCAAAUGCAGUGGCUCGGAGUCACCCUCGUCUUUGGCGGCAUCGGUGUUGAAGCUGCUAUUGCUAGGAAGGAAAAGAUGGACAAGGAAGCCGCCAAGGCGAAGAAGUCAUCAUAA